CGAGUGCGACUGAGCUGAAUAGUAAGAGUUGAUGAGCAAAAAGUAGUGAAGUGUAUAAAAUGGUUUUUAGAAUCCCAUUUAUAAUUUUGGGAUUGCUCUUGGGGUCCAUACAGGCGCAAGACCGGUAUUCUAAUCAGCUGAAGGAAAAAAUAGCUGAGCUUCAAUUAAAAGUGAUUGAGGAUAUAUACAAGGAAGAACUAAUUAAUUCUUUAAGGGAGGCGAACGAGUUGCUACUGAAUAAAAACUGCACAAGCACAAGCUGCGGCGCAUCUGAAGUGGAGCUUAACCAAGAAAUAAUAGAAUUACAGACCACCGCCAAAAACCUUCAAGUAAUGGUUCACAAUAAUAAUCAACAAUUGCAAUCGAUGAUUGAAGACCAGCUGCAUAUGUGCCAGUCUCUACUGGCUAAUACUAAGUCAAAUUCAAUAAUCGAAAGGCCGGAAGCAACCAGCUGUGCUCCGUUUGGCUUUUAUACAGGAAUCGAGGUACUUCACUUGCCUGGUGCACGUCCUUUUCGAGUUUUCUGCGAUGGUCACACAAUAGGACCUGGCUGGACUCUCAUUCAACGAAGAUACGAUGGUUCAGAGGAUUUCAAUAGAAAUUGGAAUGAUUACCGGAACGGUUUCGGCAAUCUGGAUAAAGAAUUUUUCCUAGGUCUAGAAAAUAUAUAUCGCCUGACCAAUUAUCAGCGUUGCGAAUUGUAUAUCUACAUAGAGACUUUCGAUAAUGAAAUCACUUGGGCUCGGUAUGAUAAUUUCGUUAUUGGUAGCGAAGCAGAAAAUUACAAGCUGAUCAGUGUCGGUUAUUUCACUGGCAUUGAAGAUAGACUUACUCGUCAAGUGAACAUUGAGUUUUCGUCCCAUGACCGGGAAAAUAGUCUAAAUAAUUAUUCAGGCUAUUGGUUUUUUGACGGCUUUAACCUUGGAGGUAACAAAGUCGAUGAUUGGCAUACAUUGAAUUCUCUCAAAGCUCUGAAAAUUCUUAUUCGCCCUAAGAUGGAAUAUAAAUAAAACUUGUAAGAGUGCACUGCUCUGGAUUACCCGACUCCUGCCGCUUACUUUCAAAUCCAUCCAAAUUUGUGUAAAUACCAAAGUUAAGGACUAGACUAAAAGUAUAGAAAAAUUCA